AUGCCAGCCAAUGCCGAUCAACAUGCCACUAACAGCGCCGAAACCACCGGUGACGCCCGUACGACCCGAACCAUCACCUUACCACCAUUUAUGGAAAGUGAACCCGAAUUUUGGUUCGACAUGUUGGAAAUGAGGUUUGAUGCUGCCCACCUAGACGAUCCUGUAGAGCGUUUUAUACAGACUUUCGCCGCACUAAGCCCUAGCGUGUCUCUAUUGGCAAAAGACCUUAUAAAGCCGCCAAUAAACAGUGAAUCGUAUUCACGUUUGAAGGAGAGAGUGGUAAGUCGCCUUACUUUAUCACACGAACAUCGGAUACGGCAACUUCUGGAAACAGAAACUAUAGGUGACGACAAACCGUCAGUAUUCCUAUGGCGUCUACAAAGUCUGGCAGGCCCUGAUGUACCCGAGCCGCUUCUGCAAACGAUUUGGGAGAGCCGUUUGCCUUCUGAUGUUCGUAUGCAUGUUAGCAUGGAUCCCAAUGUGCCACUUUCUAAGGCAGCGGAAACCGGUGAUCGCGCCUUUGACAUCAUCAAAGCCUCGAAUUCGAGGGCAGUGAGCGCCAGCUUACCAAAUAGUAUGGACAUGAUGGGUCGUAUUCUUGAAAGGCUAAUCCGGGUCGAAGAGAAGUUGGCAUCACAGCAAAUUAACCAGCUGGACGUUAGAAAUGAUCUAUCGAGGAGACGCGAUAAUCGACGUGGGAGAUCCCGUUCGCGAACAAGAAGUCCCAGUAGACCGAGAGAUGCUAACGGGGUGUGUUGGUAUCAUUGGAAGUUUGCCGAAAAUGCAAGAAAGUGCAAGCAGCCGUGCACGUACCACAGCGCGGGAAACGCCUCGGGCACUCGUUAA